AAGAAAAAAGAAAAAAGAAAAACGAAUAAGGGUUAGGGCUUACCUUGCCAGAGCAGAGAGAGGGAAGAAGGGGCUGAGAGAGAGAGAGAGAGAGAGAGGGAGAAGGAGACGCUGAGAGAGGGAGAAGGAGACGUUGGGUCAGAGCAGGUAGGUGCACUUUCAAUGCAGCUGCGUUUCCAUCUCUCUCUCCCAACUUCGAAAUGGAUAGCCGUUGCCUGUAACAAAGUAACCUGUGACUUGAAAAACACCUAAUUCCUCUGUUACAUUUCUUGCAAUCUUACCUGAUAGAAAGUUACAGGUUGAGACUUUGUUACCUGUAACAUUUCUCCCCCAAAUACAAACUGUAAGAAAGUCACCUGUAACUUUCUUACAUUUUACAGAAGUUACAGGCAUCCAAACGGUUAAAGACGAAAAAACCCAGAAAUCUUUAGCAGAUACAGUAGUUAUCUGUAGUUCAAGUUGGAUAGGAAAUCGAAAUCGCACUUCAUUCCCUUGAAAAGGAGAUGGGUUUGGAAUGGCAAUUUUAAUUUACAAGUGAAAAAGGGGGGAAAAAUAAUCCAGAAAUAGCAGAACUUGUAGUUAUACCUGGUUGAAAUUUGAUAGAAGAUAGAAGGUUUCUCUUAUUUCCUUUGAAAAAUGCAGUUUGGCUUUGAAUGAGAUUUCAAUUUGUUUGUGAAAGAGGAUGGAAACCCAGAAAUCUAUAGCAGAAAUAUUAUCCAUCCAUCAAGAGAUCCAGCCUUUGCUUUGAACCAAUUUUCAGACAAUGUCUUGUAUCAAUGCAAUGGCACAUACAUUCAGUAAUAUCUAAUGCGAAAUGAAUCGAACUUCUUCGUUCUCGUUGAGGCUAGACCCCAAUUCGAAGCCUGACCUGAAUGCUUUGAGGAGAUGGGUCAUUGCCUUCUGCGUCAUUAGGUUUGAUCUCGAACAGGGUCAGGUCAUUGAAGAGUGUUACCCUCCGGGCUCCCUUACACAAGAUGAGGAGCUUGAGGUCGCGUUCAACUCCUUCCCAGAUUCCAUGUCCCAGAACCAGAAUCGUUCGAGCAUCCAUGACUCAAUGUUCUUCUUCCGAUUUCCAAGUCGGAGAGCUUCUCACUCGGGCAAUUUAUCUUCUGAAGUAGGCCAUGCAGAUCGAUCUCCAAGAAAACAGAAUUCGGCUUCAAGCAAUAGUCGGAGAUAUCUGUAUGGUUAUGUUUUCAAUAGGCAGAGGCAGGAUGAGAGACUCAAACGGGGCGGAGAGCAGAAGUCGGUUGUCAUCUUGUCUUACAGCCCUUAUUCGGGCGUGUUCAAACCUUUACUACAGAUCUUGGGUCCAUUGUGUUUCGACAUUGGUAAGAAGGCUUUCGAGCACAUAGCAUCUUACGUGUCAAUAUGGCCUGUACCCGUGCUUGGCUCGUUGGUGGAGCUUCCUAUUGGAAAUGCCACAAUGAAGGUCUAUCUUCCACCUGCAUAUAGCUUGCUGUCAGAAGGUAGAAGCUCGUCUAACGAAUUUGUUUCCACAGUGGCUCCUUUCACCCCUACUAAUCAGUCAAUUCCACAAGGCCUGUUCCAUGAUGCUGAUCUUUUCGGGAUAUUUCGGGGGAUUCUAUUGCAGCUUUGGGUGCUGUGGGAGCUCUUGCUUAUCGGAGAGCCUCUUCUUAUAAUUGCACCAACACCUCCCCAGUGUUGUGAAGCUGUUGCAAGCCUUGUUAGUUUGGUGGCGCCACUCCCGUGCAGUAUGGACUUUCGGCCUUACUUCACUAUCCAUGAUCGAGAUUUUGCCCGUCUUAAUUCACUCAGCGAAGGAGAUCCGUUUCCGCCAAUGGUUCUAGGUGUGACAAAUCUGUUCUUCUUGAAGGCUCUUCGAAAUAUCCCCCAUGUAGUUUCUGUGGGUAGCCCAGCGGCCAACUCAAGCAGGCUUGCCUUUGCUCCGAGGUCAUCCUCUACAGGUAGAAAUGUUAGGUCAGACCGUCCGAAUUUUCAGCAGCAUUCUUUGAAGAAGUUUUCCCCAACGAGUUUGUUGAAUGCUGUGAAAAUGAGGAGAGAUGGCCCACUUUGCUUGAUGACAGAGCACAAGGAGGCCAUUUGGAGCACCUAUGCAGCUAUAGUGAAGCCAGACACUGCUGUUUUGAAUAGGCUUAUUGAUGCUGGAAUGUCACCAAGGGUUGAGGAGUCAAUGUCGGUUGUCAAUAAUGAGAUUCUGCGGCGGCAUUUUUUGGAGCUUACGACCAACUUCCUUGCUCCAUUUGGCCCAUACUUCAAAGUGACGACACCUUUGGAAGGAACUUCUCCUUUUGUUGACCCUCCUCCUCUUCCUCCAUUUAAUGCUGAUGAGUUCCUUGAAAGCUUAUCGGCAAGAGGUCCUGGGAAGUUUUUAUCCAAAAGGAUGAGAGCUAACUGGCUGGACCUAUACAGGCGUUUUUUGAAAGGACACAACUUUAUGCCAUGGUUCCAAAGGAGGCGUGCUGUCACUGAACAAGAACAACACAGAUUGUGGCGUCAGGCGCGGAUGAGAACUGAAAUACGACAAUUUAUAUCGAGAAUGUCUGAAUUAGAGAUUGUUGAUUCUUUCAAUGCUAUCGAGCGACAUUUGCUUGGAGAAAUACAGGCGCAGCAGUCUGGAAAAGGUAAUGCUGAUUCAGCAGUAGCAUGCCAAAAGCUGAAAGGAGAUCUGCAAACGGUGUUCAAUGUUCUUCCCAAGGACAUGCAGCAGCUCCUGCUCUUCAAUCCUCAACGGGCUGCCCUCCUACAAGGCAGCACGGAGCUGACAAAGCUCCCAGGGGGCCCUUCUGUCCACGUUGGAGUAGUUCCUGAUACGGGUUUCUCUGCAUCGCCUCGGUAAGAUCUGUUACCUCGUUUAAUCACUGAGCGCAGUGGCAUCAGGGAGUCCACAAGAAGAUGGGAGGUCCCCUCGUUCCCGAGAGAUGGAAUCUGCCAUUGGUGGUCUUUCAAUAUGGUCCUGUCUUGUGCAAUGGAUUGGCAGUAGGUCUCGUCUUGUUAUGCAUUUGUUUCCUUCUCGUUUUAUGUUUCUAUUUUGUUGGUUAUUCCUGUCUAGCAUUAGAUUCAUGUGAAAUUUGGUUACAUGUUACAGAGAAGUUUGUAUCAUUACAUGCCGGGGGAGCUGCCAGGCAUGUAUAUAUAUAUA